GUCGCACUGGUUUAAGGAGUCCGGAGAGGAGGACUGGAGAGGAGGUAGCAGAGAGCAGGGGAUGCCGAGUGAACGAGGCGGGAGAUAAGCGAUGGCAGAGGGCCGUCGUGAAAGAGAAGAGGAGCCUUCAUUGCCAUAGCUACAGCUCCUCUCUCUUCUCUCCUUUCCUCCUCCAGCCCCUAUUCCCCCUCUUAUCCUCGUCUCUUCACCUGUAGAGUGUUUGCUUUCAUCACUUUUUCAACAUCCUCCAUCAUCUGUCACCAUGACGACCUCAGCCCUGCGUCGACAAGUGAAGAAUAUUGUGCACAACUACUCAGAGGCAGAGAUCAAGGUACGGGAAGCCACCUCCAAUGACCCAUGGGGCCCGUCCUCGUCGCUCAUGUCAGAGAUCGCUGACUUGACCUUCAAUGUGGUGGCGUUUGCCGAGGUCAUGGGCAUGGUGUGGAAACGCCUCAAUGACAGCGGCAAGAACUGGAGACAUGUCUACAAGGCUCUGACUCUGUUGGAUUACCUGUUGAAGACGGGAUCAGAGAGAGUGGCUCAACAGUGUAGAGAAAACGCGUUCACUAUCCAGACUCUACGUGACUUCCAAUACGUGGACCGGGAUGGCAGAGACCAGGGAGCCAACGUGAGAGAAAAAGCACGCCAGCUGGUGUGUCUCCUCAGGGAUGAGGAGCGACUGCGCCAGGAGAGGAGUCAAGCAUUAAAGACUAAGGAGCGAAUGGCUGGUGGAGGCAGCGGCGGAGGUGGGGGCGGUGGUGGGGGGGUGUACGGAGGUAUACCCCCAUCUUAUCACCCAGGCAGGCGAACUAGUCAGCCCAGCAUGGCUGUUCUGUACGGGGAGGAGUUCAGCCGCUCCAGAGGCUCUCCAUCCUCCUUUAACUCCUCAUCCUCAUCCCCCCGUGCCGCCUCAGACCUGGAGCAAGCUCGACCUCAGACCAGCGGGGAGGAGGAGCUGCAGCUCCAGCUGGCUUUAGCCAUGAGCAGAGAGGAGAGUCAGAAGGAGCAGUGCUGUCGCCAAGGAGACGAGUCUCUGUUACAGAAGGCCCUGGAUGAGAGCAGGAGAGAGAGCCAGUCAGGGACACAGGAGUCAGCCAUGCUGGAUCUGGUGGACAUAUUUGGGCCCUCAUCAGAGAACAAACCUCCACCCAGGGACCCUUGGAACUCUACCCAGCCCACCUGUGAUAUCACCUCUGACCCCUGGGACUCUGUAGCAGUCCACUCUAGCACUCCUGUGAUUGGUAGCCCUUGGACGGCCCCUCCCUCGUCUUCAACAGCAUCCAAUCCAUGGGCUCCAUGUGCAAACUCCCACUCAGACCCCUGGGAAGCAGCACCCGUCUCCUCCAGUCCUGUCAACCAUGUGUGGGACAGUCCGACAGAUAGAAAUGGCGAUGUGGCUGAUCCAUUUGUUGACCAGGAAGAGGAGAAGCCAAAACCGGAGGUUCCUCAAGUGUCCUCCCCUCAACCUGCAAGUCCCACUGAAGCUGAGCUGUUUGGGGUAAAGAUGGAGUCCGACCCCUUUGUUGAAGCAGAUUCUAAACCAGAUCCAUUUGGGACGGACACGCCAGUGAAACCCCUGGUAAAUGGGCGAGAGUCAUCCAGCCCAGAGAUGUUCGACCUAUCCCGGCUGGCUCCUCCGCUCAGCGCCCCACCCACACGUGUGUGUCGAACCCCAGAGGCCUUCCUGGGACCCACAGGGGCUUCACUUGUCAACUUAGACGCUCUGAUACCGUCUAACCCCCCUAACAAGACGCACAACAACCCUUUCCUCUCAGGUCUGAGUGCUCCGUCUCCAACCAACCCCUUCCACUGCGACCAGCCUCGCCUCACCCUCAACCAAAUGCGACCACACUCCACGUCCCCUCUGCCCCCCCACAUGCUCUCUUACAGCCCGUCGCUGCCCCUCCCUCUACAUCACCACCCACCAAUCCUCCCCUCCUCUCUCACACAACCUCCUGCAGGACUCCUGGACAUUCCUUCCAACCUCCCGCAGCCCCUCCUCCCCCUCUCUCCCCGACCGGCACCUCGCACUCAGUCCCAGACCCACACACACAGCCACAACCCCUUCCUCUGAGACCCCUGCACCAGAAAGAGUCAACAAAAUUGACUCUUUCUUUUUGGAUCAAUCUAUGCUGACGACGAUGAGAUUUAAAUGAACCUGGACUGAACCAUGGAUUAUGUUCUGAUGUCAUUGUGCACACUUGAAUCGGAUCAAACUUGGACUGGAUGUAUUUGUGUCCUUCUGAAGACACAUCAGCUGCUAUAUAACCUGAACUCUUGAAGCAAAGCUAGCUCACGAACACACAUAUGCACUCAGGCGCACAUGAACACAAACACGCACACAUCACCAGAUGAACAGGGUGUAUCCUAACACUCCCUUUGAUGCCUUUUCCCCAUCAGCAGUGAUGACUAGAAGCAUCCUCCAAUUACACACACAACUGCUCCGUUAGGGAUAAUUCCACAAAUAUGAUUGUCCACCAUCAGGAUCCUUACCGCUGCUGCUUCACCGACAAGAGCAUGAAUGCAUCCCACCCCUGAGAAACAAACUUUUCUGUUCUGCUGAGCAUCUGAAAGAAUUCUUCAAAUAAUGGGUCAAGGUUGGAGUCAUUAUUGUUGCAAAACUCAAAAGGGCAUUUUAAUGUUUCAAGAGAAUGACUUAUUGAUUUGAACUCUGUUUUUUCUUCAACCUUUUUCUUAAAACAUGGUUUUGUGCUCAAAAUGUUUGCUUGCUCUCACAUCUUCGGUUGCUUGCUCACAUUUCCUGCACUUGUGCUCAAAAUCAUUCUCUUCUUAAGUGGGUUGCUUCUGUUUACUUGUGAAGCUGCCCCUCUCUUUUUUUUUUCUCUGCACACUUAUUUCUUCUCUGGGAUUUUUUUCUGAUAAACCAACCACUAGGAAACAGGUACAGAACUUACCAAUCACAACUGCUCUGCUCACACAGUCUAAAAUCAAAGAGGCAGUUUUGAGCACAAAGCCAGGCUUAAAGGAAGAGUUUAAAUAAAUUGAGUUAAAAAUAAAUGUCAUGCUCUAAAACAUAUGCCCAUUUUGCGGCAAUAAUGUAUCUGUAGUCGAGUCGUAUCUUAAGCUUUUGUGGCCAAAGUUUGACCAUGGACUUCCAAUUGCAUUAAGACUCAGCAGGGCACAACUUUUCCUCCCCCGGGCAAAAAAGUAAACAAGCCCACAGCCACCACACAGCAUAGCCACUGCUAUUUUUAUCAUACUACAGACACCACAUUAUCUGAAGACUAAUGAAUCACCUCAAAGUGCUGAGAAGAUUAAUUCUGUAGGAUGGUGUCACACUUCUUGUUGUGCAAAUAUACAUUACAGCACAUUAAUUAA